CAACAGCAGAGAAAUCCGGCGGCAUUGGCACAAGAGUACCAGUCACGCCGUCAAGAGCUUCAAGCCCUCGCGACCAAAAUUGGGGAAGUGGAGGCAGAUAGGGAUGAGCAUCGCCUGGUCUUGUCCACUUUAGAGCCCAUCGUCAAGGCAGAACCGGAUCGCAAAGCCUUUCGCUUGAUGGGUGGGGUUUUGGUAGAGAAGAAUGUUAGGGAGACAGAGGGAGCCGUUAAGGAGGGGGAGGCUGGUCUCACUCAACUCCUCGAACAGCUCGUCGAGCAAUACAAGGUGAAAGAGGGGCAGCUUAACGAGUUUCAGCAGAAAUAC